CGAUUAAUUGCCCUUCCAUAUUCCACCUGUCUUUCGACCAACGGAGGAGAAGAGAAAAAGAGGCAAGCACUUGAAAGACACUUUGGUUCCUCUUCCGCAAGCGCUCGUCGGCGUCGGAAUCUCGACUUCCUCCCUCGUCCCUCCAGCUGCACCGGCGUCUCUCUCUCUCUCUAUCUCUCUCUCUCUCUCUCUCUCUCUCUCACACACACACACACACACACACACACACACACACACACACACAUACGGAGCAUCCUCUUCCAGUGAAGAGCCGAACUCGUGCGUCUUCUCUCCUCGGAGGCUGCUGCGGGGAUCGCCACAGUUGAGCGUCGAGCCGCUUUUUCCUCCGCCCUUGGAAGUAAAGUUCCCUCCUUUCUCCAGAGGAUCAGAUAAAGAAUGGCUACUUUGGGGCUCACGCGUUCACUUUCAUGGCUCCCUUUGCAACAUCACGACGAACAGCGAACCACGAGCAUUUCAUGUAUUACUAUGAACUCUUCUGGUGUAUCUGCUGGUGCCAUUGAAUCCUUGUCUGCCGAAACAGGAUUUAAAAUGAUUAAGCCUAUUGUUAAAAUGUGUGGUGUUACAUCAGCAAGGGAUGCUGAAUUGGCUGCAAAUGCUGGUGCUAGCCUCAUUGGCAUGAUUGUUUGGCCACAUUCAAAGCGUUCAGUCUCAUUAGCGACAGCUAAAGAAAUCUCCAAAGUUGCACGAGAUUGUGGUUCAAAGCCUGUUGGUGUCUUUGUUGAUGAUGAUGCAGACACGAUAUUGCGAGCUUCUGAUGCAGCUGACCUUGAGCUUGUUCAACUUCAUGGUGAUGGUUCUCGUUCCUUGCUCCCCAUUAUCUUGCAACAUAACCAAGUUAUAUAUGUACUCCAUGCCGAUGAAGACGGUAAACUUCUCAACCAUUUGGCCAUGGAGAAUUCUUCUUUAGUUGAUUGGAUUCUGGUGGAUAGCGCUAAAGGUGGCAGUGGUAAAGGAUUUAACUGGCAAAAGUUCAAGUUGCCAUCUGUUAGAAGCAACCAUGGCUGGCUAUUGGCUGGAGGACUUCAUCCUGACAAUGUUGCUGAGGCUGUUGGUGCCCUUAAGCCCGAUGGAGUCGAUGUCAGCAGCGGCAUAUGCGACGAGGGUGGUAUCGACAAAGAUCCCAUGAGAAUAUCUUCCUUCAUGGACAAAGUAAAAUCUAUGAGUUAUUGAACUUCAGCUUAGAAUAAUUCAACUGCUAUUUGCUGUUCAUGUAAUAAAAGCCUUGAAUCGUAUUUUUAUCUGUUCAUUAAAUUGCAAAGUGUGCUUAACAAUUUUAUCAUAAAGGUUCUUUUUCCCUGCAGCAAAUAGCCUAAU